UCUGUGUCCACGUCAAAGCUGACAGCCGAGCUGAUAAUGGCUGCAGUUGAGGUGGCACUUUCUGGGCGCUGUGUUGUUUAAACCGGCUAUAAACUGCUGAAAAAAACCGCUCACACCCACCGCAGGCGACACAGACCUCAACGUAAGGUUAGAAAUCCACACUAUCAGCCGUUUGACUGUCACUUAGCGUAGCUUAGCUUAGCUUGUCUUGAGAAAUUCCUUCAGGCAACAAACGAUCAGCUGUUACUAGCCUCGAGUCUCUGCUAAAUGAGCGUCUGUCAGCCUGAAAAGCUACUUUGUUUCGGGAGAUUAAAGUGGAUUUUGAAGUUAACGACGCCCGUAUGGUGUAGAGUCAACAGUUAAGCUUGAUGACCAAGUUUAUUGUUUCACCUCUGGAGUCAAAGCUAGGCUAGCCUCCCCCUAGUCCUCCUCGGCCCUGCUUUGUUGUUGUUUGGUUUGUAGCCCUCCUCAGGAUGUCAUCGUGGCUGGGUGGGAUCGGCUCCGGCCUCGGCCAGUCUCUGGGCCAGGUCGGCGGCAGCCUGUCCUCUUUCACCGGGCAGAUAUCAAACUUUACCAAAGACAUGCUACUGGAGGGAGUGGAAGAAGUAGGAGAUGCUGCCACAGAACUGCAGGUUUCCAAUUCCAAGUUGGCUGAAGUCGAAGCUUCAUUUACCUCUCAGAAAUCUGAGUAUGACAGGUUGAGAAAGAUCCAUGCGGAGCUGGAGGAGAAACUGGAGGCAGCAGAGAUCCAGAUUAAACGACAGUCUGCAGAGUACAGAACCCUCCUGCAGCAGAAAGAUGUGGAGAUCAGUCACCUGAAAGCUCGGCAGAGUGGACUCCAUGAAGAAGUCCAGAACCUGCAGCAGUCGGCUCAGUCCGCCUCCCUGGGCCCCGCCAUGCUGCCCAUCACCACAUCUUCCUCCACCACUACCUCCUCUUCUGCUUUCCUGUCACGGCCCUCGGGGUCCCACCAGGGUUUCCACGGCGACGAGAUGGACCUCAGCGACGUCAUCUGGUCGCAGCAGGAGAUCAACCGGCUGUCGACAGAAGUCGUGCGUCUGGAGGGAGAGGUGGCGCACUGGAGGCGGAUGUCUCAGGCAUCGACGGCAGGAGGAUCUGGUAAUGGUGACCAGAGUGACAUUGUCAAACUUCAAAGAACUAUUAAGGAGCUGCGAGAGGAGAUGAGCCGCGAGGUGGAUGAACACCAACAUGAGCUGACAGCUCUGCAGGACGCCCAGCGGCAGAAGAUGGCCGACAUCACACGGCGACACAGACAGGACCUAGCAGAGUACGAGGAGCGGAUAGAGGAGCUGGAGGAACAGAUUCACAGUGGUGGCGGUCAAGCUUCUACUUCCCCAUCAGAUGCCUCCAAACUAUCUGAACUCCAGAAGACCAUAAGCUCCCUGCAGGAAGCGGCAGAUCAGCGGGAGAAGCAGCUGGCCGAGCUGUCUGCCAGUCUGGAGGAGGCGCAGAGGAAAGAGGCGUCGCUGCAGCUGGAGAAAGACGAGGUCCAGGAAGAAAACACCGGGCUGCUGCAGAACUACACGCGGCUGCAGGCCUCCGUCACCGAGCUGCAGACACGAGUACAAGAGCAGGAGGGGAAGUCUCUGCAGAAAGCUCAGCUAGACCACGAGAUCCAAGUGUUGAGACAAAACCUUGCAGCUGCAGAAACACAAAUAGAGGAACUAAAAAGCCAGGCUGAGGCAGAACCAAAGGAAGAAGUCGAGCAUGCAGACAUCUUGGAACUGAACACUAUUAUUGGGACAUUGAGAGAAGAAAAGGAAGUCCUAGAACAAGAAACGCUUGCUCUGCAAGAAAGACUAAAACUGGCAGAGGAGCAAAAAGUUAGCAAUAAUGAGGAUGAAUCUGGUGAAUCGGAGUCACUGGAGGAUCUGAGGACGGAGCUGGAGAGGAGAGAAAAGGCCCUGAGAAACACUGAGGAGGAACGGGACACCCUGAUGUCUGAGCUGGAGGAACUAGAUCAGCAAAACCAGGAGGCAACACAGCACAUGAUCUCAGUGAAGGAGCAGCUCUCUGGGCAGCUGAAGGAGGCCGAGGCUGAGCUGAUACGAGUGACCGCAGAGCUGAACACAACCAAAGACCAGAAGAGCGAACUGGAGCGAGAGCUGGAGACCCAAAAAGACAAAACAAGCCACAGCGCUUUCACUCUGAACGACCUGCAUAUGGGCAAACAGGAGCUGGAACGGACAGUGAAGGAGCUGAAAGACAAACUGAAACAAGCACAGGAGCAGAGCAGGGACGCGCGUAGAGAAGUCACAGAGCUGAGGAAGACUUUACAGGAGCGAGAAGAGCAAGUUUCUGAUGCCAAAGUAGACCUGGAUCAGGCAGGGGAGAGAGGAACUGAGGGAGCUGAAGAGAAGCUAGCAGGGACGGAAAGGGAGCUGAAAGACCUCAGGAGAGAGCUGGAUGAGAUGAGGAGCUCUCAGGAGAAGGUGAUGUCCGAGGACUAUGAGUUGAAGAUGGAGAACAGGAGGUUGAAGGAGAGUGAGCAGGCUCUGGGUAAAGCUGAAGAACAAACUAAGCAGAUGAAGGAAAGCCAGUCAGCUCUGAACAGGGUGGUACGGGAGAAGGACACUCGUAUCGAAGCUCUGAAGCUGGAGAAAAAUCAACUCGAAGGUGAAUUGGGGCAGACAGAGAAGACGCUGGCAGAACAAGCCAAACAGUACCAGCAGACUAUAGAGGAGUUGACUAGAGCCCGCUCCAUGGAUGCCUCCGCUUUACAGAUGGAGCACGAGCGAGCCAUCAAACUCAACCAGGAGAAAGACAUGGAGAUAGCUCAGCUGAAGAGAGACAUUGAGCAGCUGGCGUCGGACCACAGAGACACCAACGAGAUGCUCUCCAUCACAGUCGCGGGGCAGAAGCAGCUGACGGAUUUGCUGCAGGAGAAAGACAUCUUCAUGGACACUUUAAAACAAAACGCUUCAGAUUUGCAGAUGGAGAUGGAGAAUAAUAUUUCCGUUCUAACAAAGGAAGUGGAUGCUCUCAAACAGGCAGUGGAGGAGAAGGACAGACAGUUGGGGGUUAUGAAAGAGGAGAACAGUCAUUUGAAGGAGGAGAUCGACCGACUCCGGGAUCAGCAGAGCAGGCCUCAACCUCUAACUGAGCCCAGGACGUUAGACAUCAUCACCGAGCUGGAGACGGAGAUCACGCAGCUCAAGUCCUCCAAGAACGGUAUGGAAGAGGAGGUCCAGACUUCGAGGAGAACCGUGGAAGAGCUGCAGGCGUCUCUCCUCCUGUCGCAGCAGACCCUCCAAGCUCAGCAGACGGAGCUUGAGCAGGCUCAUGCUCGCCAUCAGCAGACCACACUUAACUAUGACAGACUCAUCCACGCCAGAGACGAAGAGAUCUCCUGCCUCCAGCAGUCUGUAAAUCAGCUCAGCGAGGGUCGGAUCCGUGCCGACUCCCCUUCUGUUCAGGGAGAGGUCAUCCUGCAGGAGGAGAAGACUCAGACUCUUAAUCAGGAGAACGACAACGAGAAACACGACUUCUCUAAAGUAGAAAUAGAAAGACUAGUGAGGGGCAUCAAGGAGAAAGAGACUGAGAUCAGCCAGCUGAACGAGAAGAACCUCUCGCUGACCAAACAGCUGGAUCAGCUGGCGGUGUCUCGGGACGAAGUGGGCAAACUGUCCCAGAUGAUCCUGCAGAAAGAUCUGGAGAUCCAGUCGCUUCACGCCAGAAUCGCCAUGAGUGGAGGUGGUGGACACAGCCAGGACGUCCUGUUCCUCCAGCAGCAGCUGCAAGCGUACGCUGUGGAGAGAGAGCAAGUGCUCGCCGUGCUCAACGAGAAGACCAGAGAGAACAGCCAGCUCCGCUCCGACUAUCACCGCCUCAUGGACAUCAUGUCGGGGAAGGAGGCGGCGCUGUUGAAGCUUCAGCAGGAGAACCAACGCCUCUCCACCAUGAGCGAUCCCUCUGGAAGCCAGGAGAUGUUCAAGGAGACCAUCCAGAACCUGUCCCGCAUCAUCAGGGAGAAGGACAUAGAGAUCGACGCUUUGACCCAGAAGUGCCAAACCCUGGUGACCGUCCUGCAGACCUCGGGAGGAGAGUGCGGCGCCGGCUCCGGAGGCGUCAGCAGCAACCAAUUCGAGGAGCUGCUGCAGGAGAGGGACACGCUGAAACAGCAGGUGAAGAAGAUGGAGGAGUGGAAGCAGCAGGUGAUCACCACAGUGAAGAACAUGCAGCACGAGUCGGCUCAGCUGCAGGAGGAGCUGAUCAAGCUGCAGGGUCAGGUGUCCGCCGACAGCGACUGCAGCUCCAAGCUGUCGGUGGACUACGCCGGACUGAUCCAGAGCUACGAGCAGAAGGAAAGGAGGCUGGGAAGUCUGAGUCAGGAACUGGCUCAGGUCCAGCAGACCAUCACCCAGCUCAGCACCACCAAAGACGUCCUGCUGGGUAAGCUGGACAGCGUGGCACAGACUCCUGAAGUCGUGGCUGCUCAGUCUAGUGCACCUCCUCUCACAGCUGAUGCUCCAAUCCACCAAACAUCUCCAACAGCAAGCAGCGAGAAACUGCAGGAACAAAUUAUACAAUUGCGAAAUCAGUUGGCUGAGAAGGAAAACAUAAUCAGGACUCUUCAGGAGAACAACCACCGGCUCUCCAACUCAGCAUCGGCCACAGAGAGCGAGCAGAGAGGUCAGGCGGAGGAGGCUCGGCUGGUCAGAGAGCGGCUAGAAGCCCUGCAGAGGUCUGUGAGGGAGAAAGACCUGCUCAUCAAGACCAAAGGCGACCAGCUGAUUCACGUCAGCGAGUCGCUACGCAACCGCGAGAAUGACAACGAGGUGCUGAAGCAGGCCGUGACCAACCUGAAGGAGCGAGCUCUCAUCCUGGAGUUGGAUAUGAAGAAGCUGAAGGAGGAGAACGAGCUGGUGACUUUGCGCUCUCGAGAGAAAGAGUCUGAGUUCAGAGCGCUGCAGGAGACCAACAUGCAGGUUUCCCUCCUGCUGAGAGAGAAGGAGUUUGAACUGAGUGCAGUGAGCGAGAAGGCUGCAACUGUGGAGAGGAUGCUGAAAGACAAAGAGCAGGGUAAAUCUGGUGAGCUGAAUCAACUCCUGAACGAACUGAAGUCCAUGCAGGAGAAAGCUGUGGCGUUCCAGCAGGAGAGGGAUCAGGUGAUGAUGGCACUAAAGCAAAAACAAAUGGAGACCACGGCAGUUCAGAGUGAGCUUCAGCACAUGAGAGACAAAGAGCAGCGUCUCACCUUGGAGCUGGAACGUUUACGUAAUCACCUCUUGGAGAUUGAGGACUCGUACACGAGAGAAGCCCUCUCUGCAGAGGACAGGGAGACUGAACUGCGCAGGAGGGUGGCACUGCUGGAUGAGAAACUGGCAACGUCCUCGAGUGCUGUGGAGAAUGCCAGCCAACAGGCCAGCAUGCAGGUGGAGUCUCUGCAGGAGCAGCUGAGUGGAGUCGUGAAGCAGAGGGACGACGCACUCAUCCACCUCAGAACCUCCCAGGAGCAGGUCAACCAGUACGCAGUGUCACUGUCCAACCUGCAGAUGGUGCUAGAGCAGUUUCAACAAGAAGAGAAAGCCAUGUACUCUGCAGAGCUCGAUCGGCACAAGAAGGAGAAGGACGAGUGGAAAAGAAAAGCUGAGUGGCUGGAAGACAAAGCAUCCGCCCUUCAGAUUAACCUGGACGAAGCCAACGCUGCUCUAGAGUCGGCGUCUCGCCUCACAGAUCAGCUCGAUCUGAAGGAAGAGCAACUGGAAGAGCUGAAAAAACAAGUGGAUGUGAGACAGGAGAUGUUGGAGGAGGCGCAGAAGAAACUGAUGAACCUCCUGAACAGCACCGAGGGGAAGAUAGACAAAGUCCUGAUGCGUAACCUGUUCUUGGGUUACUUCCACACACCUAAAACCAAGCGUGCCGAUGUGCUGAGGCUCAUGGGAAGCGUUCUGGGACUGAGCAGAGAAGAUGUCGAUAAGAUGUUGGAGGAGGACGCGCGAGGAGGUGUUACUGGAUGGAUGUCAAACUGGCUGGGAGGCAGAGGAGCGCAAAGUGUCCCGAACACUCCCCAGAGGCCCACCAGUGGCCAAGGGCUCAACUCGUCCUUCUCAGAGAUGUUUGUAAAGUUCCUGGAGAUCGAGUCGACCCCUUCGCUGCCCGCUGCAAAGCUUCCGGUCCAUGAGAUCAAGGCUCUGAGCGCCCCGCCUUCAAGAAGAACCAGUGCUGCUUCCAGCACCGCUUCAGGAGCUGCAGGACUCGGCAAGCGGCCCGGCGACUCCAAUCCCUUCCUGGCGCCCCGCUCUGCCGCGGUGCCCCUGCUGGCUGGUUCCGGCUCUGGCGGCUCAGGAGGUCACCUGCUCAUGAAGCCCAUCUCUGACGCCCUGCCCUCCUUCACGCCCGUUCCGGUCUCAGCGGAGGCCAGUGGCGGAGCUGUGCUCAAAGACUUGUUGAAGCAGUGAUCUGUCGAGCGUCGGAUAGACUUCUUAAUUCAUCCAACAUGAGUUUUACACUAAACAGACUGACAUGUUUGAGCAGUUCUGCUUCUUAUUGCUGCUCAUAUUUUUUAAAAAUAUCCUGAAAAAUAAAGGAUCAUAGAAUUCAUGAAGGCUUGACAUUCCCUUUUUUGGAGGGGACUGAAAUUAAAUUUUGUUUUUUAAGAUUCAGUUUUACUUGCAAUUACUGUUCUAUGCAACAGAGUCUCCCUUUACACAUGAGUGUCAACAUUAGUUAUGUGUCGACCCACAAGCUAAAAAUGAUCAAUGAAGCGACUCCACAUGCAAAAAGGAAGCAGCAUGAGAACAUUUUCAACUGGUGGGUCAUUCAUAGAUGAGAUAACACCGUUGGUUUUCAUAGAAACUGUCCUUUUGAGUUAAGAUCGCAUCAUGCAUUUAGAUUUUUCUUCAUCGCACCAGUUCUGAACACAAGUGACCUUGUAAACUCGCUGUGUGCAGUUCAAUCCACGUGGGUUGAGUCUAAUCAUCACCUCUGUUUGCAAGAGGAGCCAUCUCUUCAGUUUUCAUCCUUUUGAUUUGCAUUGGACAUUUUUAUUUUCUUGUCUUUUAUUUUUCUUUUCAACAAUGCAGUGAAUUGUUUCUGAUCCAGGACUUGCCUAAAAACUCUGGCAGCAGUUGUCUGCGUAGAGAUUUAUGUGGUUCAGUACAUCUGUUUAAACCAUAAAGACAUUUUUUGUGCUAAAUCUUGUCUUUUCCAGACGGCCAGACUGUGAUAUGCAACAAGCGUUGUAAUUAUGGCUAUAACUGCGGACUGUGGUUGAUCAGAGGCUUGAGACUGCUCAUAUGUUAAAGUACAGCACUAUUAUAUAGUUAUAUAUAUGUAAAUGGGUGGUGGUUUUUCCUAUUUAUAGGCACUGAGGAAGUUUUGGAAGUUAAGUGCCUGCAUUUUUGCUAAGUAGAUAGUUGUAUAAUCAGGAUUGUAAAUGGUUAAUAUAAAUAUAUAUAUUUACAAAAUGUAAAAAAACUGCACAUUUAAGAGGUUUUACCUGACCAGAGCUGGCCAGCGUGUGACUGAGCUGCUCUACAUUUUUGUAUAGACAUCAAUCAGAGGGAAUGUUACAGGGUUUCUCCAGGUGAAUUGGUAAAAUGUAUAAACUGUAAAACCUGGCUGUAAAACAAUUUUUGUAGAUGUAAAAUCAGAAAGUCAAAGGUGUUAAAAAAAGAGGUGGAUUACUUUAAAGUGGAAGGAUCUUUAGUUGAAGUUAGUACCCGUGAUUUAAUUGGGAUUUCUAAUCAAAUAAAGGUACUGCUGACCCUU